UGCAAACUUAGCCAUUUUUUUCAAAAUUAACCUUCCAUUUUCAUGGAAAAAACUAAUGUCAUUGCCCAUUUCAUGGGUUUUCCAGGAAAGUUGAAGGAUAAAGUUAUGGAAAUUGUAAAGAAAACAAUGAAAAUUGGGAAAGAUGAUCCCAGAAAAAUUUGGCAUGCAGCUAAAGUGGGAUUAGCUCUCAGUUUAGUCUCAUUGUUCUACUAUUUUAGGCCUCUCUAUGAUGGCUUUGGACAAUCUGCAAUUUGGGCUGUUUUAACUGUGGUGGUUGUUUUUGAAUUUACUGCUGGUGCAACUUUAUCAAAGUGUCUAAACAGAGGAUUUGCCACAUUGCUGGCUGGGGCGUUAGGUAUUGGAGCAAAAUAUUUUGCUGAUUUGUUUGGAAAAGAAGGGGAGCCCAUAGUUCUGGGGUUUUUGGUCUUUACACUAGGUGCUGUAGGUACAUUUACGAGAUUUUUUCCCCACAUGAAGAGGAAAUAUGACUAUGGAAUCUUGAUCUUCGUCUUAACCUUCAGUUUGGUCACCGUUUCCGGUUACCGUGUCGACGAGAUAUUAGAACUGGCUCAUCAACGGCUGACCACCAUUCUUGUCGGCGCCGCCACCUGCAUGAUCAUCUCUUUGGUUGUUUGUCCAGUUUGGGCUGGUGAAGAUCUUCAUAAGCUUGUUUGUGGUAAUCUUGAUAAGCUUGCAACCUUCUUAGAAGGUUUUGGAAGUGAAUAUUUCAGCUUUUCAGAGAUUGAAGAAAGUGGAAAGGCUUCUAAGGAAGAUAAGGGAUUCCUUCAAGCCUAUAAAAUCGUCCUUAAUUCUAAGGCCACUGAGGAAACUUUGGCAAACUUUGCAUGGUGGGAACCAGGUCAUGGAUCGUUCAGGCUUCGUCAUCCAUGGAAGCAAUACUUGAAGAUUGGUGUCCUUGCUAGGGAAUGUGCCUGCCAUCUUCAAGCACUUACUUCCUACUUUAAUUCCAAUCCUCAGGCACCAACCGAGUUUCAUAAAAGAAUAGAAGAAGCAUGCACAAGAAUGAGCAUGGAAUCAAGUAAGGCCUUAAAACAAUUGGCAUCUUCCAUCAAAACUAUGACACAACCGCCGUCCUCCGCCGCAGAAAACCACCUAAAGAAUUCUAAAACCGCCAUUGAUGACUUUAAAGCCAUACUCGCCACCACCAAAACCCCAUUACUGUCCAACAAAUUAGACCUAUUGGAAAUCUUUCCGGCAAUAACGGUGGCAUCUAUACUCAUUGACGUCAUAAAUUGCGUCGAAAGAAUCUCAGAGGCAGUCGAGGAGCUUUCGGUCAAAGCACAUUUCAAGAAAGUGAAAAAUAAGGAAUCUUCGCCAUCGCCGGAGAAACAGCCGCAGCAGCAGCUGCUCCACCGUGGAAUCGUGAAGCCUGUCGUUGACGACGUUGAGGGUGGUGAUGACUCUGUUGUGAUUGAGAUAUGUGGUGGCACGGUGGCGGCAGCGGCGGAGGUGAAUUCGCCGGGAGGAACAAAAGGAGAGGCGCAAAAAGACAGAGUGUAAAUAUUUCUUACUACUAGUAUUUAACAGUCUGUUAGCGUAGGAGAGUUAAGAAAUUAGAGUACUAGUAUAGGAGGGAAAGUAAAACAGACUUUUUAAGUGUAAAACUUUCCCUUCUACGUAAGUUGUUUAUAUAUGAGUCGUAGCUUCUUUAUAGGAGCAAUUUUUGUUGUUUUUC